ACACAGAAGAGGAGAAGAGAAGAAACAAUAAACAUGAGUUUAAUUGCAGGUUCUUACGAAAAAUUCAUCUGGGGUUAUAAGCUUAAACCGUUAAAAAACUCUUCUUCCUCUUCAACACUAGCACUAACCCUAACGCAGCUUUUUUCCUACCCAUCCCACCUCGCCCCCAUCACUACAGUCGCCGUCGCCGGGACCGCGGGGGCCUCCGGAUCCAGUGACGACACCAUCCACCUUUACGACCUCUCCUCCUCCGCCUCUCUCGGCGCCCUGCACCUCCAAGACUCUUCCUCCGUUACCUCUCUCGCCUUUUACACUCCGCCCAAUCUUUCUGUACCUCGUAACCUCUUCGCCGCGUCUGCCGAUGGGUUCGUUUCGAUUUUUGACGCCGACCCUUUUGUUCUUUUGAAGUCUGUUAAGGCCCACAAGAAGGGAGUCAAUGACUUGGCCAUUCAUCCUUCUGGGAAGCUCGCGUUGAGUGUGGGGAGAGACGAGUGCUUGGCUAUGGUUAAUUUGGUGAGAGGGAGGAGGAGUUUUUACCAUAAAUUGGGGAAAGAAGCGAGCUUGAUUAAAUUUGACUUCAGUGGGGCUAAGUUUUUUAUGGUUACAGAGGAGAAAAUUGGGGUUCAUCAAGCUGAAGAUGCAAAGUUGCUGUGUGAAUUGGAGGGAAAUAAAAGGAUUCUUUGUGCAGCUCCUGGAGAGAAUGGAGUUCUACUUACUGGUGGUGAGGACCGUAGUAUCACAGCCUGGGACACAAACAGUGGGAAGGUAUCAUAUUGCAUUGGAGAUGCUCAUUCUGCCCGUGUGAAAGGUGUUGUGGUGCUUUCUAAGAAUGAUGGUGGUGGUGAUGCUGAUGAUCCAUAUCUAGUGGCAUCUGCAUCCUCAGAUGGGGUUAUACGNUCGAUUUGGAAUGCUUGUGUUGUUGGUUGGAAAGAAUCGCAAGUUGUUGGUGAAGCUGGCAGUAGUAAAGGAAAACCCUUAGAUCAAUGGACCAAGGCUGAGUUGGAAGAGUCAAAUUUCAACUCAAAAGAUCUUCAUGCCUUCUUUAAUGCUGUUAGUAUUAGCCAAAUGAAAAAUAUUGCCAACUAUGAAAUGGCUAAAGAUGCAUGA